UUUCAUUCCCCAUCAUUUUCAUUUUUCAGUGUUUUUAAUUUAGGGAAGGGGGCAAAAAUGGAAGGAAUAAAUGUAUCAAAACAUGUAGAGGUACCAGGUGACCCAACAAAGACAGGAACAGCAAUUCUGGAGACAGCAACUGCUACUAUACAAGGAUUUGGUCCUAUUAACAAGAUUCAUCAGCAUCUUUGCGCGUUCCAUUUCUAUGGACACGACAUGACACGCCAAGUCGAGGCACACCACUUCUGUGGGCACCAAAAUGAGGAGUUCAGGCAGUGUCUCAUUUACGACAGGCCUGAUGCCGAUGGACGGCUUAUCGGGCUCGAGUACAUUAUAUCAGAAGAUCUGUUCUUGACAUUGCCAGAUGACGAAAAGAAAUUCUGGCAUUCCCAUUUGUACGAGGUGAAGAGCGGUGUCCUCUUCAUGCCCGGCGUUCCAGGGCCUAUUCAACGACAAGAUCACGAGAAAGUUGCGAAAACGUAUGGAAAAGUAAUACAUUUCUGGCAGGUUGAUAGAGGUGACACACUUCCUUUGGGAAUUCCUCAAGUUAUGAUGGCUCUCACUAGAGAUGGUCAACUCGAUCAGAAUCUUGCUCAAGAUGUGGAGAAGCGUUUUGGAGUAUCAUUUGAUGAAGAAAGAGAGAAGAGAGCAUACAUGGAAGGUCCUGCCCAUGGCAUUCAUCCACUUGCUAAUGCUGCUGGCAAAGGCAUUCACACUGUGCUCAGAGAAGUUGAUUGCAAGCCUGUCGAGUCUGUCCCUAAAGUUUUUGUUUAAUCACCUUCCUCUCUCUUCUUUCCGGUCCUGAUUGGUUGGUCGAGUUUGCAGAGUCAUGUUGGUUGUGUUCGUGAAGUCAUGAUGUACAUUGUGUGUUCUAACUAGUAAGUUGGUUGGUUGUGUUCGUGAAGUCAUGAUGUACAUUGUGUGUUCUAACUAGUAAGUCCGGAUGGACUCUGAUAUAUUGAUUGGUUGGUCGAGUGCACCAAGUCAUGUUGGUCUCGAUUUCGUGAGAUUAUUAUGAGUGCUCGUAUGUCAUAUUCUACGUUUAGGGGUUUGUUUAAAGUUGGUUUACACACUACUUUCUGGUCUGAUUAUCGUUCGCUUAUGUGCAUUUGGUUUAGAGUCUAGAUAUCUUAAGUCUAGAGUUUAUGUUUAAUGCUCUUUUCUUUUGGUACUUUUAUGAUAGGACCCACUACAUUAGGAGCCUAUAUGUGGAUAUAUUAUUUAAUAUUGAAUUAUUGAUGAAUGAAUAAUUCUCUAAUUCUCUACUUUAA